AUGACCUCUACCGAAGAAGAUGAUCUUGGCAUUAAAGCUGUGAGUUUGAAAGUAUUAAACCUAUAAUUUUAAAUAUCUAUUUUUAAAGAAGGUCUACUCAGUUACCUACUUUUACAAAAGAUCUACGCUAGUACCUAUUUUUAAAAAAGCUUCACUUUGUUACCUAUUUUUCAAUUUUUAUCAAAAGUUCAAAGAUAAGGCCGUUCAGAGAUAUCAAUGAUUUCAGGACAUGGUAAUCAGUGCAGCCAAAGGCAAUUACAUAGUCGAAAACAUGCUCGGCGAAGGCGGCUUCGGAGCCGUGUUCAAGGUCCAUUCCGAAUCCGAGCCCAAAAAAGUUUACGCGAUGAAAGUAGAGAAGAAGCUGGAAACUCGAAAGCAUAGUAAACUCAAAAUGGAGAUCGCCAUCCUGAAGGCUGUGGCUGAUGAACGCAAAAAGUAUGAUUUUUUAAAAUUUUGGGAUGUUUAUAAAGCUUGACUUCGUUUUAAAAUUUAAAUAUUUGAGUUUCUCGCCAAUUCAGCAAAUUUGGCAUUGUGUUUCAAGCACUUUUUUUGACUUUCCAGACGUGUUACGCUUACAAAUUUAAAAAGUAGGUGCAUUUAAAGGUUUUCUACUAGUAUAUUAAGGAGAAAUGAUUAAAAGUCAAAAAUGGCAAAGUUAUAAACUUGAAACACAAUGCCAAUUUUGCGGGAAAUUCAAAAAGUAAUUUUUUAUCUCAAUUUUCUCGAGAUUUACUGGAAAGCGUGAUUCAGUACCUUUUUGAAUGUGUUAUAUUUACAUGAUCUUUCUAUAUAUAAAGUUUGAAGUCAAUCAAAGCGGCGCAGUUCAAGAAGCACUUUCAUUGUUAACUGAUAUUUUUUUUGAAAAAAAAUUUUAAAAAAGGUGGAAUUGCUAUUCAAAGCACUAGAAGUUUUUUAAAUUUCAAAAAUUUAUCAAAAUUUUAAAUUUUUAGGUAUUUUUAAAAAUUUUUGCUAAAAUUUUACCAUUUUUAGAGGGAAAGUGUCGCACUUUACGGAGAUUAUCGACAGAGCCAAGAAGCCCACGUAUACAUUGAUUGUAAUGCAACUGGUCGGAAAGUCUUUGUCCGAUUUAAAAGCUGGUCGACCGGAAAAAGUCUUCAGUACGGCGACUGGUCUAGGCGUGGGUCAACAAUGCCUUCAGGCAGUGGAGGAGCUACACAAUGCCAAAUUCGUCCACAGGGAUAUCAAGCCGGCUAAUUAUGCUGUUGGACUGGAUGAACAGGCUCAUGUUGUAAGGGCUUUGGAGAUUAAAAUUUUGAAAAAUUAAGAAAAUUUUAAAAAGUUUUAAAAAAAAAUGUUGGCCUUGUUCUGUGGUAUGACGUUUUACCAUUCCAGAUCUACAUCCUCGACUUUGGAAUCGCUCGGAAGUUUGUGAAGAACGACGGUGAACUAAAGACUCCACGUGAAGGAAUUGGCUUCAAAGGCACGGUUAGGUUCGCUUCAAUAAGUUGCCACAUGGGACACGACGUAGGCCCAAUUGAUGAUGUUGAAUCGUGGUUCUACUUGCUACUGGACAUUUUAGUAGCCAAAGGAUUACCGUGGAAGAAGAUUGCGGAUAAACAUGCGGUCAGAAAGUCUAAAGAAGAACUCCGUGAAUCCUUUUGUCUGGUCUAUUCUGAACUGAAGUUUAAAGAGCUACUGAAUCAAAUUUUCGGCUACAUUAAGGAAGUCAAGUACCAUGAGAUUGUGGAUUACAGCUACAUUUACAAUCUGCUUGGAUUGGUAAGGAUUUUGAGUUGUUUUAGGUUUAUAAGUUGUUGUUCUAGGUAUAUAAGUAAUUGUGCUACAACAAUAAAUAGUGGUUCUAGGUCUAUAGGUACUUGUUUUAUGUAAAUAAAUAGUUAUUUUAGGCCUACAAGUCGUUGAUCUAGGUCGAUAAGUAGUUGUUCUAGAACUAAAAACAGUGGUUCUAGGUCUAUAAAUUGUUGUUUUUGAUCUAUAAGUGGUUGUUAUAGGAUAUAAGUAGCGAUUUUUUUAACUUGGCUAGACUAAUGACCUCAAUUUCAGUCCGCCAAAGCAGCUGGAGUCAAUAUGGACGAUCUAUACGACUGGGAAAUCAGUGGCAAAUCUACUAUAUCUAAAGUGAAAUAA